AUGGACGUCAUGAUAUUUGGUGCCACAUGCGCUCCCAGCAUAUCGCAGUAUGUGAAGAAUUACAAUGCUGACAAAUUUCUGGAAGAGUUUCCCCUUGCUGCAAAGGCAAUCAAACAAAAUCAUUAUGUGGAUGAUUUGCUAUGUUCUAUUGAUACGGCUGAGGAGGCAAUAAAAUUGGUUAAAGAUGUGUGCUUUGUACAUCGCCAAGCUGGUUUCAAUAUAAGAAACUGGGUGUCCAAUAGCAGGGAGGUUAGGAAUGCAUUUGCAUCUACUCUUUCGGAGAAAGUUAAAUGCAUAAAUUUUAAAGCCGAAAACAGUGUUGAGAAAGUACUGGGCGUUUUUUGGGAGCAUGAUGAGGAUGUUAUAACAUUUAAAAUAGCAUCAUGGCUUCUGGAGGGUGAAUUAUUGUCAACCAAAAAAGCUCCAACUAAGCGAGAAAUGCUUAGACUAGUAAUGUCCAUUUACGACCCCCUGGGACUAAUUGGACACAUAGUUAUGUUCGUGAAGGUUCUCAUGCAAGAAGUUUGGAGGUCCAAAUCGGGGUGGGAUGAACCAAUCCAUCACGAAUUGGCGGCAAAAUGGAGUCACUGGUUACGAAUUUUGCCAGACAUCGAAAACCUCAAAAUAGAAAGAUGCUAUCUAAAAACUUUUCAUAAUUAUGAAGGCGUUAAUGUCCAGCUGCAUACCUUUGUGGAUGCCAGCAAGGACGGUUAUGCUGCUGUAUGUUAUUUAAGACUGAAGAAAAAUGCCGAUGUGGUUUGUUCGUUAGUGACUGCCAAAACCAGAGUUGCCCCAAUUAAAAUAACGUCAGUGCCUAGGCUUGAACUUAUGGCAGCUUUAAUAGGAGCGCGUCUAGCGAAGUUUGUGCUGGAUAAUCACGAAAUUGGAAUUUCUAAAAAAUAUUUUUGGAGCGAUUCGAAGACAGUUUUGAGUUGGAUCAACUCUGACCAUCGCAAAUAUAACCAGUUUGUUGCAUUUCGGGUUACGGAAAUCCUGGAACUCUCAUCAAUCAGCGAUUGGAAUUGGGUUCCAAGUAGAGAGAAUGUGGCCGAUGAUGCCACAAAAUGGUCGAAAAUUCCAAAUUUUUCCGAUUCUAGUAGGUGGUUCCAUGGACCAGCUUUUUUGUUCCAACCUGAAGAAAUGUGGCCCCAAAAGACGGGUUUUAGUGGUAAUACAGAGGAGGAACGAAUACAUACCUCGUACCCAAUAAAUAAAUACGAGCCCAUUUUAAAUGAGCUGCGAUUUUCGAAAUGGAAUCGGCUGGUGAGAGCUAUUGCUUAUGUGGUCAAAUUUAUUACUAUUUGUCGAAAAAAUGAGCCCAGAUGCCAAGGAUUAACACUGGAUUAUUUAAAGAGAGCGGAGCAUAUAAUAUAUAAACAGGUGCAAUCUGUGACUUACUCAGCUGAAAUUGCUGCCCUGAAUACAAAGUCUCCUGUGCCAAAAUCCAGCGAAAUUUUUUCAAAAACACCCUAUUUGGAGGAAGGGCUUUUACGAGUUGAUGGCAGAAUAGAUUUGGCAAAUGUUACAUUUGACCAAAAGCGUCCAAUAAUAUUGCCCAGAAAACAUUAUGUUACCAAAUUAAUAAUUCUUCAUUAUCACGAAAAAUUUCAUCAUAUGCAUCAUGAAACAGUUGUGAAUGAGCUGAGGCAAAAGUAUGCCAUCUCGAAACUUCGCACCACUGUAAAGACUAUUUUUCGUUCCUGUCAAUUCUGUAAAAUCACCAAGGUGGUGCCUAACCCCCCUCAGAUGGCAAAGUUACCUCGAGCUCGUGUAGCUGCUUAUGCAUCUCCAUUCUCUUAUACUGGAGUAGACUUCUUUGGGCCCAUAUUGGUCAGUGUGAAUCGCCACAAAGAGAAACGAUAUGGCUGUUUGUUUACGUGCCUCACUAUAAGGGCCGUUCAUAUUGAGAUUGCACAUUCUCUUACGACAAGCUCUUGUAUUUUGGCUAUUCGCAAUUUUAUGGCGCGUAGAGGUACACCGCAUGAGUUCUAUAGCGACAAUGGAACUAAUUUUAUUGGAGCAGAGAGGGAACUAAGAGAGGCGCUAGCAGAGGUUAACAAAAACGAAUUACUCGAAACUUUUACAACUGCCAACACCAAAUGGAAUUUUAAUCCUCCUGCUUCACCCCACAUGGGAGGCGCCUGGGAGCGUUUAGUUCGCUCAAUCAAAAUGGUUUUGUAUAAGAUCAUGCCCUCAAGGCACCCUACUGAUGAGCUACUUUUGAGCAUGUUAAUCGAGGUGGAAAAUGUGAUAAAUUCGAGGCCGCUCGCAUAUGUUCCAAUUGAAGAACAUAUGGCAGAAGCUUUAACCCCGAAUCAUUUUCUUGUGGGAAGCUCCAAUGGGCUAAAACCCUUAACUACAGUUUACGACAGUGGAACCUUAUUGAGACAGAGCUGGCUUAUUUCUCAACAAUAUGGCAACAUAUUUUGGAAGAAGUGGCUGGCCGAAUAUUUACCAUCGCUUACUUGUAGGACAAAAUGGCACGAGAAAUCAAAGGCAUUAUGUCAGGGGGAUUUAGUUAUCAUUGUAGACCCUUCUUUACCUAGAAAUGUCUGGCUGCGAGGCAAAGUACUUGAAACGAGGUUGGCACCAGAUGGUCAGGUCCGCAGCGCAAAAAUAUUGACAUGUCGAGGCGUAAUGGAGAGACCUGCAACGAAGCUGGCAAUUUUGGAUGUUGCUGCUCAAACUAAGUCUGACGUAGAAGAAGCUUCUUGUCAUACUCCGGGGGGAAUGUUGACGCCAAUCUCAAAAAUGCCUUAA